AUGGUUGGGAUGAAGGUUGGUGGCAAUUUUUGAUUUUUGAUUUUUUUUUGGGGUGAAAAAGGAUUUGGAAAAUUUUUUUUGAAGUGCUGAAUUAUAAAUUUUGAACUUGAAAAUCUUUUGGAAUUCAGAUUUGAAAAUUCAAAAAAUUUAGAAAAAUUAUUCAAAUCUUGUUGAUUUUUUUUUCAUAUUUUGAAAAGUGAUCUGAAAUUUCAUUCAUCUUUAAUUUUGAAGUAUUUUUUAAAAAAUUCAUUCUGAAAAAUUUUUGCUCAAAAAUUUCAGAAUUCUGUUUGGACCCCAGAAUCUCACAUGAAAACUGGAAAUCCAAAUUUUUCAAUUUCAGAAUUCAGAUUUGAGAAUUCAAAAAAUUCAGAAAAAUUAUUCAAAUUUCUUGGAUUUUCAUAAAAUUUUAAAGAAAAUCUGAAAUUUUUGGAAAAAUUGUGAAAUUUUUUCAAAAUUUCAAAAAAAAAAGUACAGUCUCCAAAUUCCGCCAAAAUUUUCUUAACUACAAAAAAAAUACCAGUUAGCCUAACAAUAAAAAAUAGAUUCCAUAAAUCCAAAACAUGUUUUCAUCCUUUAUUUUUAUUUUUAUAUUUUCUCGUAUCCUACUUGACAUUAUCUUCUAUUGUAAAAACAUUUUUCUCUAAUUAACUAUAUAUAUUUUUUAUGGAGUAAAGUGAUUUAAAAUGAAAGUUAAGGUGAAGUUUUUAAAUUUUUGAAAAAUUCAGAAAAUUUAGAUAAUUCUGAAAUAGAUUUCAAGAGCCAUCAUUUUUCAAAAUUUCUAAUAAAUUCAAAAAUUUUUCCAUCUCACCCAAAGCAAUAAUUAAUUCGAAUUUCCGUUUUAUUCCCCCGUUUUCCCCCUCAAAACUUUAUUUUUUUAGAGAUUAUUAUAUGCCGCAAUUCAUCAAAAAUCAAUGGGUAAAAGUGAGUUGCUUUAUUUUUUAAGGCGUGUUUUUCAGCUGCCAUGAUUACAGAGAAAAGGGAAAUCGAAAAAUUAAUGUUCGCACAACUUUUUUUUUUGUUUUUAGUUUGAUCUGGGGAAAUAGGAUUAUUCUACUACUGUAAUUGGAUGUCUGAAAAUGAAAACCGAAUUUUUUAUAGAUUUUUUUUUGUAAAGUUUCAUGAGAAACUUUUUGGUUUCAUUAUUUAUUAUUCAUUUAUUCUGUAGGUUGACGACCAAAAAAAAUUGUAUUGUAUAAAACUAGGAUUAAAAAAAUUCGAAAAAAAAACACUUUUCUCAUCGAUUGUUUCAUUUUUGUGUUCUUUUUCUGGGUACGGCAGAUUUUUGCGAAAUUUUUUUGAAAAUUUUUUGAUUUUUUCAGAAUUUCAAGCUGAACUUUUGAUUUUUAGAAAGUUUGGGGAAAAUUGAUUUUCAAAGAGAUUUUAAAAAGCCCCAUCGUGUUUUGAAAAUCCGAAAACAUUCCUAAUUAUCUUAGCAACCAAAAUAACUUAUUUAUAAACUCAAAAAAAAGUCCUCCACAUAUAUGAAAUUAUAAUCUUGAUGUUUGAUGUUUCCACAUUUUUAGUGACAAAAAUCAACGGAGAAUCUCAAGAACUUCAAAAACUCUGCGAAGAAGACAUUCACAAGCACUUCGGAACAAUGCUGAAAUCUGUGAAAAUUCGAAAAACAGCUUUCGCAUUUCUAUGUUUCAUGUUUGUUUCCGCAAUGAUUUUUCAAUUGACCACUGAUUUUCGAGAAAAUAAAAUUCCUGAUGUGAGAUUUCGGCCUAGCAAAUGGAUCAAUGAAAAGAGUCAGCCUUUGAUUAUUGUGAUAACUCCAACUUAUAAGAGGUUUACAAGAAUGGCAGAUAUGACCAGGUUAGUUAUAUUUUUUUUUUGAAUUUCCUGUUUUUAUCUCAAACAUCUCAAUGAAGAUCUGAACCAAAACCAAAACACAAAAAAACAUUUUGAAAAAUUUAUGCAGCCCCAAAAAAUAAGCAGUCCCAAAAAAUAAGCAGUCCCAAAAAAAUAAGCAGUCCCAAAAAAAAGCAGUCCCAAAAAAUAAGCAGUCCCAAAAAAUAAGCAGUCCCAAAAAAUUAGCAGUCCCAAAAAAUAAGCAGUCCCAAAAAAUAAGCAGUCACAAAAAAUUAGCAGUCCCAAAAAAUAAGCAGUACCAAAAAAUAAGCAGUCCCAAAAAAUAAGCAGUCACAAAAAUAAGCAGUCCCAAAAAAUAAGCAGUCCCAAAAAAUAAGCAGUCCCAAAAAAAUAAGCAGUACCAAAAAAUAAGCAGUCCCAAAAAAUAAGCAGUCCCAAAAAAUAAGCAGUCACAAAAAUAAGCAGUCCCAAAAAAUAAGCAGUCCCAAAAAAUAAGCAGUCCCAAAAAAUAAGCAGUACCAAAAAAUAAGCAGUCCCAAAAAAUAAGCAGUCCCAAAAAUAAGCAGUCCCAAAAAAUAAGCAGUCACAAAAAAUAAGCAGUCCCAAAAAUAAGCAGACACAAAAAAUAUGCAGUCCCAAAAAAUAAGCAGUCCCAAAAAAUAAGCAGUCCCAAAAAAUAAGCAGUCCCAAAAAAUAAGCAGUCCCAAAAAAUAAGCAGUCCCAAAAAAAGCAGUCCCAAAAAUAAGCAGUCACAAAAAAAUAGGCAGUCACAAAAAAAUAAGCAGUCCCAAAAAAAUAAGCAGUCACACAAAUAAGCAGUCCCAAAAAAUAAGCAGUCCCAAAAAAUAAGUAGUCGCAAAAAAUAAGCAGACCCAUGAAAAUAAGCAGUCCCAAAAAUAAGCAGUCCCAAAUUUUUUGGGACUGCUUAUUUUUUGUGACUGCAAUUUAUCUAUUUGACUUUUGCGGUCUGAAAUAACAAAGGCGCAUAGUUCAGUGGUAGCAUUUUGGAUUUUGAAUCUGAGGGUCGGAAGUUCAAUUCCGCUCGGAAACUUUUGUUUUUAUUUUGCCUAAAAAAAAAUCAAAACACAAAAAACAUAAUUUUCAGAAUGGCGAAUACAUUAAUGCAUAUCGAAGAUCUUUAUUGGAUUGUUAUUGAAGAUGGAAGUCAGAAAAAUAAGCAAACAGAUGAACUUUUAAAAAGAUCAAAACUUCGAUAUUCAUAUCUACCAUAUAAAACGGAACCAGGUUAUCCGAGUAAGUUAAUCUAACUCCUCUCUCUUUUUUUUGCUGUUGAUGUUUGAACAAUUUUUUAAAGGGCGAGGUUGGUAUCAGAGAACGAUGGCUUUGAAAUUUUUGCGAACGAAUACUUCGGAAAUUUUGGGAAAUAAUACGAAUGGUGUUGUAUAUUUUGCGGAUGAUGAUAAUGCUUAUGAUAUUCGAUUAUUUACUGAAUAUAUUAGGAAUGUUAAGAAACUUGGAAUGUGGGCUGUUGGUAAGAUUUUGAAGGGGAAGGUUAGACAAAAAAAAUAAGCAGUCCCAAAAAAUAAGCAGUCCCAAAAAAUAAGCAAAAAAUAAGCAGUCCCAAAAAAUACGCAGUCCCAAAAAAUAUGCAGUCCCAAAAAAAUAAGCAGUCCCAAAAAUAAGCAGUACCAAAAAAAUAAGCAGUCCCAAAAAAUAAGCAGUCCCAAAAAAUAAGCAGUCCCAAAAAAUAAGCAGUCCCAAAUUGUUUUGGGUCUGCAAUUUAUUUAUCUGACAUUUUUCGGUCUGCAAACACAAUGGCAAAUAGUUCAGUGGUAGAAUUAUGGAUUUUGAAUCUGAGGGUCAGGAGUUCGAUUCCGCUCGGGAACUUUUGUUUUUAUUUUUUAUGAAGUUUCAAAAAAUGCGAUUUUGCAGGGCUAAUUUUCAGCAUUCUUUAGUUUUUGAGAAAUCACAAUUUCGGAUCAAAAGUUCAUAUUAACACGGAAUUUACAUAAUAAAUGAAAAUUCGUUAUCUCGCGUUUCAAUCGCAAUUUUCUUUUUCAAAAAAGAUAUUUCCUGUUUUAGAAAUAAAAUCAGGAAUUUUUAAAAGAACAAAUGUUUAGAAAAACAAUUUUUGAAAUUCAUGGAAAAUUAGGCGGCCCAAAAAAAAUUAGCAGAUUUUAUCCGCAACAUUUUUGACCCAAUUUUUUGUGCCGAAGAAACCACAAACAUGAAUUUUCUUAGAAAAAAAUUAAAAAGGGCUACUUUUUUCUCAUGAAUCCGGAAUCGGAUCAUCUCCAACCGCAAGAAAAUUCGAGAUAAGAAAAAAGUUACAAAAAAUAAGCAGUCCCAAAAAAUAAGCAGUCCCAAAAAAUAAGCAGUCCCAAAAAAUAAGCAGUCCCAAAAAAUAAGCAGUCCCAAAAAUAAGCAGUCACAAAAAAUAAGCAGUCCCAAAAAAAAUAAGCAGUCACAAAAUUUAUGCAGUCCCAAAGAAAAUAAGCAGUCACAAAAAAAUAAGCAGUCCCAAAAAAUAAGCAGUCCCAAAAAAUAAGCAGUCCCAAAAAAAUAAGCAGUCCCAAAAAAUAAGCAGUCACAAAAAAAUAAGCAGUCCCAAAAAAAAAAAAAAAAAAAAAAAAAAUCUGAGGGUAGUGAGUUCAAAUCCACUCCAAAACUUUUUUUUUGAAGUGGAAAAGUCUCGAAUCUACAAUUUUUUUAGCUUUUUAAAGGUGGAGUCCGAGCAAAAAAUAAGUUGUGCUAAUUUGAAAGAGCAUGUUGCAAUUAGUACAAUCCUCGAAGGAAUUUUUCUGAAAGCUUCUCUAACAUUAGAGAAACACAGCUCCAAACGGUUGGAGAUAUGGACUUUCAAGCCAUUUUACACGGUGUUUCACUGUUUUUUCGAACUUUGUAAUUUUUUAACCAAUGUUUGAGAAGCUUCCAGAAAAAAUCCUUCGAGGAUUGUACUAAUUAGAACAUGCUCUUUCAAAUUAGCACAACUUAUUUUUUGCUCGGACUCCACCUUUAAGAGUUUAAAAGCUACAAAAAAACUCACCCAGAAAUCCGUCCCCAUGUUGUUUUUUUUUUCCAGGCCUAGUUGGUGGAACUGUCGUCGAAGCGCCGCACGUCGUCAACGGAAAAGUCACCGGUUUCGAUGUAAAAUGGAAUGCGAAACGAAUGUUUGCCGUUGACAUGGCCGGAUUCGCCGUGAAUCUUGAUGUUGUUCUACGAACCGAUGCUGUGUUUGGAACAUCGUGUAAACGUGGAGCGGGUGCACCUGAGACAUGUCUAUUGCAAGAUAUGGAAUUGACCAGAAAUGAUAUUGAACCUUUUGGUUUUGAUAAGGAGGUGAGCAUAAAAAUCACUGCGAAAAAAACAAAAAAUAAAAAAAAUUGAAAUGCACACGGGAAGCGCGCACACACACAAAAUGCGCCAGCCUUUUACACCCUGACGCACUUGUGGUGCAUGCACAUUCUUUUGAGGACAACUCACAACGUUUUAACUUGAGUCAGACGCGAGACGACGAGAGUAUUUUGCAAAAAUAUGCCGAAAAUGAAUUUCGCUUCGAGAUAUUUUCAAUAAAACAUGUGUGUUCCUUGAAACAAAAUACGGUAUUUUUUCAAAGGCACACAUAUUUUCUCAAAAAUAUCUCGAAGCGAUCUGUCUUUGAUGACGUCAUCAGACUCCCGUCGUCUCUAGUCUGACCCGGGGGGCAAGGAGUAAAUGAUCGUGAGAGACGCAGAUAAAAACGCGACAAGAGAGUGUGUCACGUGAAGAGUCGCAGACAUGAACCCUUUGCGUCAUUUUAAAAUGUUGUGUAUCUAAUCUUGUUUGCAGAAAGAUCGUGAGAUUUAUGUAUGGCAUACGAAAACAGCUAGCCCAAAUCUUGGUUCGAACAAGAAGAAGACAAAUUCAACAAGCGGCCCGAUCAGAUAUGAAACUUAUGGAUAUAUUGUUGAAACAUAG